AGGUUUGUGAGAAGAAAAUGGUUGACAAGGAAGCCGAGAAGCGCACUAAUGUGUUGGCUGCUGUCGGGGUUGGGUUUGUCUGCGUUGUUGUUGGACUUCCGCUCUGGUGGAGGACAACGGAAGUCUACAGAGUUUCACUACCAUACUCAGAUAUUGAAGCAGUUUCUAAAACAAAGAUACAGUACACAGUGGACCUUAAAGUGAUCAGCUUUGUUGAGAAUCUCAGCGAUAAGGAUCUUGCAGAUUUGUCGAGACAGCUGCUGGAAUCUCUUGAUGGCGGGGAAGGUGCAGGAGUGCAUCCUCGGUAUAGAACCAGUGUUACCCAGGCUUCCAAUGACCACAGGAACCUGCUUCAGUCUGCACGCACACUAUCAGAAUUUGACCGUCUCCUGAACCAGGCAGUAAGUGGGAAAAUAAAUGAGUAUUCUGUAGUGGUUCUCCCAGCCACAGGGCCCCUGACAGCACCCAGACCGACACUCGGGGUUCACAGAGCCAUGUUCCUGACCUUCAAGGGUAAAGAUGUAGGCAGCCUUGCCACCACAAUAGCAGGCUUGGUGAAGGCCAGUCUUGUCCGGGAACAGACUGUCCAGAAACGCUUCAACACAGCACGUGGCGCACGGAAAAACCUGAAGCCAGACAAGGAGAUGAUGAGGUCUGUAAAGUUCAGUGCCGGCUAUGACGUGACCUUGACAUUGAUCAGCCCUCAGCCGGACAUCCUUGAUGUUCAGUGGGAAGCGGAGCAAGGAAUACAAGCCUACUUGGAUCCAAUGAUUAAGCGACUGAGCAACUACAGUAAAAUUGUCAUCAAAUCACAGGUGCUGUAUUUCACGAAGCUGCACACACGGCCUACAAAGGAGGGUGGAGAGUAUUUCUUCUCUAGGGAGAAACUGCCACAUGUGAUCAACCCACUAGAGGCUAAACUUGGUUCCCCUGCCUCCACAAAUCCAGAGCUGAACUUCCUAGUGUAUGUUCCCAGCAGAAACCAGGCACCUCUCUACAUCAGGGACUCACAUGGACAAAGGCUACCCAGUAAUGCAUUCCUUAGCCCCCAGUGGGGCGGUAUCUACAUCUACAAUGUGCCCCAUCCCCAGGAGAAUGCCACCCUUCCUGCCCCUCACACCCUCGAUAUGGGUCGUAUUAUGGAAGUGUUUGUGUCCCAGCUCAGGCUGCUUCUCAAUUUUAAUGUGCAGUCGUCCACAGACCUGGAUGUGCUACCUGUUGGUGUGGACGCUCUCAGAGACUGGGAGAUUGAUGGUUGGUUGAGGAGUCGCUGUGUGGAGAACCUUGCCACAUCCUCCGCCUCUCUUACCUCACUUUCCCAGCUGCUGGGCAAGAUCAGCAACAUAGUUAUCAACGACAACAUCGGAGAGGAGGUGAAGACAGCUGUGUUGGCAAUGCAGGAGGCCCUGGAAGACCUUCAACAGGGGAAUUUAGAGUUAGCCUACCUUAAGUCUAGGAAUGCCAUCAGGGCCUCAGAAAAGGCCUUCUUUGAUCCCUCCCUUUUGGAGCUGCUGUAUUUUCCAGAAGAUCAAAAGUUUGCCAUAUACAUUCCACUGUUUUUGCCGAUCAGUUUUCCCGUGCUUGCGUCUUUGUGGCAGGCGGUACAGUGGUGGAGGGGACGGGACAAGUGUAAACAGGAGUGAUGUAAUGAAGGACAGCGAACAAACAUGCCGCAACAGCAGGGAAUGACUUUAGAGAGCAGGAUAAAAAUAAAAGUAAACAGGAGUUGUAUAGCAAACGACAGCGAGCAUGCCUCGAUGGCAGGGAUUAAAGUUUAAAAACAGGAUAAAAUUAAAUCUGAACAGGGGUGAACAUACCAAUUGCCUUUUCAGAGGGAAAAAGCUGCUUAUAUAUAGAUUGUCUGUUUUUGGAUGAGAUAAAAGUGCAUUUUUUAACCUUGGCCACAGCAACUCGAUAACAGACCAACAUAUUCUUAUAAAUCUUGGUACACAUGUUACCUGUGACAAUUGCACAUGUAUAGUAAGGCAUAUCACUCUUGUUUGAAUACUUCAAUUCUGAAAACACAAGAACAGACGAGCAUUGGGGUUUGCCCUGCUGUGUUUUUGCUGACAUCGCGAGUCUGAUUCACUCCUGAUUGUAAAUUCUAUUCAUAUUACAUGUGACAUGUCUUAUCCUGAUAUCCUCUGAGCUUACAUUCUUAAAUUGCAUUUAUGAUUUUUGAUAAACUUCUAAAUUGUAUACAUGUUUUUAUUUUCAUAUACAAUAAUGAAUUCAAAUGUUUUCAUACAUUCCCAAUCUAUGAAAGUUAGAUCCUAAUAUAAGGAAAUCCAAAUACCCUAGUAAAAGAAUGUAUGCCCUUAUGAUUGGAGGUUUAUUUCUGUUAAGUGUUGUUUUGUUCAUGAUCGUGCAAUGUAUUAAUCAGUGUUGCUCUUGUUUUCAUUUGACCUUUGUGAAGAUCCUCAAAUCUGUUGUGUUUCAUUUGCAGACUAUUUAUUGUAUGUGUGAUUCAUGUUAUAUCUUUUGAAGAUUAUGUUUUUGAUUCUGGCUGAAAUGCUUUUUGUGUCCUUUAUAAAGCCUUUUGAACGACAGGACGUGGUCUUCAAACUUGGUAUGCACCUUUGUCAUAUUCAUAAGAUGACCCCUUUUUGGGUCAAAUGUCAGAAUCAUGGGGACUUACUAAAAAAAAGGCACACAUCCGGUUCAUGGGAAUAUUGUGUUAGACACAUGCUUUUUGAUGCAUAUUGGACCAAUUGUUAAGAACUUUGUUAAAGUUAACAACGUGAUUGACGUUAUGGUUGUUAACUUUUAAUGUGAAAUACUUGACGAUAUUCUUAUAUCUUUGAAUACAAAUGAGUAUAUCUGAGAUAGUUUUCUCAAAUCUUGUAAGAAGCACAGCAGAUCACAAUUGUGACCAUCAAUCUCCUAGAAGUUAAUGAUUGAAAGUUAACGACGAUGACCUUAAAUGAUUGAAAGUUAACGAUGAUGACCUUAAAUGAUUGAAAGUUAACGACGAUGACCUUAAAUGAUUGAAAGUUAACGACGAUGACCUUAAAUGAUUGAAAGUUAACGACGAUGACCUUAAAUGAUUGAAAGUUAACAAUGAUGACCUUAAAUGAUUGAAAGUUAACGACGAUGACCUUAAAUGAUUGAAAGUUAACGACGAUGACCUUAAAUGAUUGAAAGUUAACGACGAUGACCUUAAAUGAUUGAAAGUUAACGACGAUGACCUUAAAUGAUUGAAAGUUAACAAUGAUGACCUUAAAUGAUUGAAAGUUAACGACGAUGACCUUAAAUGAUUGAAAGUUAACGACGAUGACCUUAAAUGAUUGAAAGUUAACGACGAUGACCUUAAAUGAUUGAAAGUUAACGACGAUGACCUUAAAUGAUUGAAAGUUAACGACGAUGACCUUAAAUGAUUGAAAGUUAACGACGAUGGCCUUAAAUGAUUGAAAGUUAACGACGAUGGCCUUAAAUGAUUGAAAGUUAACGACGAUGACCUUAAAUGAUUGAAAGUUAACAACGAUGACCUUAAAUGAUUGAAAGUUAACAACGAUGACCUUAAAUGAUUGAAAGUUAACAACGAUGACUUUAUUAAAUGAUUGAAAGUUAACAACGAUGACCUUAAAUGAUUGAAAGUUAACAACGAUGACCUUAACAAUGCUGUUACCGGCAACUAUAACAAAGAUCUGAACAAUCCGCUCAUUGUCUUUAAGGUAGAUAAGAACUCACUGUUUGACUAAUUUUAAGGCUAUUUUUGUGCCCAGCUUUUUAGAUUGGUUCCCAUGCAAAAACUGACAAUUUAUAAUACAAAACCUUUAAGUUAAAGCUGCACUUACCAUUUCUACAACUCAUUUUUUUGUUUAGGAAAGAGCAAAUUUUUGCGUAAAUAUCUGCAAACUAAUGAUAAAAGAUUGCUGACAAAAGGUCAGAAUUCCGUUCGAAAAUUAAUGUUUUAUGGCUUAAACCUAACGGUUUAAGAAAAAUGCAUAAAACAUCAAUUUUUGAACUUAAAUAUAAAAAUCUGUGAUCCAGUUUUUUGUCAGCAGUCUUAUAUAACUGGUUUCUAUGGAUUUUCGCAAAAAUUGGCUCGUUUCAAGCAUUUUUUUUUAUAAAAGUCAAAACGUCAAUCUGUGAGAGUGCAGCUUUAAGUAAAUACCUUACCUAUGCUGGUCUGUUUAACUUUUCUAUUGUUUUUAUGCCCCCGAAGGUGGGCAUAUUAAAAUCGCACCGUCCGUCCGUCUGUCCGUCCGUCCUUCCGUCCGUCCGUGUGUCCGGCUCAAUAACUCGUGUCCGGGCUGUAACUUUCCCUUGUUUGCUACAUGUAUACUUAAACAUGUGCCUACUCCUGGGAUAAGAUACAAACCAGUUGUAUAUGUAUUUGAAAUCAGUUUUAGUAAUUUAAUAUAUGUGAAAAAUGUGCUAAAUUCAUGUGUUUUACAAAUAUAGGUAUGUCAUAUGUGCUAUGAGAAGGCAAUUAUGAAAGAAGAUCUUAUUUAUUUUCUAUUUAGAAAUCUAACAAAGUUAUAAGGUUACUGAAUUGUUAUUAUGCAAUGUUAUGGCGUGAACUGUAUGUCAUGGAGAAUUUAAAAAAAAAUUUGUAUAUAUUUAUGACCUCUAUAAACAUGGUGUCUUUUAGACUUCUUUGGCAAUAUUCACGAAUGACUUGACUCUAAGUUUGGGAUUUGAAACUUUAAAAUGCUUAUAGUAUUUUCAUUGUAGAAUUGCUAUUUAGAGAGCAGUCAUAGAAAAAUAGCUGCGUAUGUUUAAAAAACAUUUUACACUAAUUCACUCAUCUAUUUCAAACUCCGACUCAUGAUGUUGGUGGAUACGGGCCCUGAUAUCAGUCAUAUUUAUGUUUAUGUUAAGUGUUAUAACUGUUUCGGAAUAGAUGUACGGUUUAGGUGAAUGUAACUAAUUUUUGUAUCUGUAUAAUUGAAAAAAAUAAACAUUUUUGUAAGGUGUAAGAUACACAAACAUGUUUUUAUAACUCUUUAGCAUGAUGUUUUAGAAAAUAUUGGAGAAAGUAAAUGAAUAUAUGUUGUUUUCA